UCAGCCCGAGGCCCUCCAAUCGUAGCGCGUGGUGCGGCGCGGCGCGCCGAAUUGGUGCGGUGGUGAGCAGCUUUCCGGCUCCCUGAGGGGGUGGUGCGCUCUUGAGGACGCGGCGUGCAGGAACAUGCCCCGCGGCGGCGGUUCGCGCGGCCCGAAGAGAAAAAGAAAUUGGGAUGUAGAAUAUGGAUCCUUUCCAGGAGAGAAUCAACUGCAGUGCAGAAGAUCAGGGCGCAGGACUGUAGGGACAGCUGCUUCCCUUUCUAAAGCCUGGCUCAGGUGUGGAGAAGGAUUUCAGGAGACUCCGUCAUUAAUAGCUGAAAAGAAGACCACUACAGAAAAACACCUUGAAUUGUCCUGUGUACCCAAGGAAGUAGAACCUACCACAUCUAAGCGUACCAGUGACCUUACAGCUCUAACAUGGAGUUCCAGUGGAAGUGAUUUGUCUGAUGAAGAUAAAACACUUUUUAAAUCACAGAGAGAUAAUGGACAUGGUUCUAGAAUAGACAGGUUUUAUAACAGAAAUCUCUUAUGUCCAGAAGAUGGAGCCAGUGAAGAUGACUUACAAUUUAUCGACUGGGAGGUUGAGAGUGACAGGGAAGAUACCUGUGAUUGUGAUGAAUUUGAAGACUGUGAGAGCACAGUGGAAAUAUCUGACUGUGCUUCUUGUGCAAGCAGUUCUUCGACAUCUGCAGAGAUGCUACCUGAACUUCCUAAGACAAGUCCUACAGAAAUUUUGGAGUAUUCAUCAGAUAGUGAAAAAGAAAAUGACUCGGAGAAUGCCUUGUUCAUUGAUUCAGAAUCCUCUUACAAAUACCACAUGGAUUUUGGAUCAGAUGGAAGACGGGUUAUGGAGAGACUGAUAAACCCGAAGCUAAAAUCUACAGAACCUGUUUUAUCCACACCCCAGAAACACACAAAGCUUCCCAAGACUCUAGAAAAUUCAGCAAGAAAGAAGCUUUUAAGAGGCGGGCUAGCAGAAAGACUAAAUGGACUGCAGAAUCGAGAGAGAUCUGCCAUUUCUUUGUGGAGACAUCAGUGUCCUUACCAGAGGACACGUUCAGAUAUUAAAUCUGGUGUAUUAACUGUGAAAAUUCUAGAGCUGCAUGAGGAAUGCACUAUCCAAGUUGCCAUGUGUGAGCAGUUAUCUGGGCUACAGGGUGACAGCCCUUCUCAAGGUGGAGUCCCUGGCCUGAAGGUUCUCUUCUCCAAGGAGACUGCACGUUGCCUCAGAGGACUUCCACAAGACAUCGUCCACAUCUAUCCUCCCUGGCAAAAGCUCAUUAUCCCAAAUGGAAGUUUCCCUGUUAUUCUGAAUACUUAUUUUUGUCAGAAAGUUGUUGCCAAAGAAGAUUCAAAAACAGCACAUGAAGUACACAUUUGGGACACGCCCCUUCCAAGAAGAAGCAUCACUUUGGCCCAGAUAUAUAGAUUUAAGAGCCUAACAAAUAACUCACCCGAAAGCCAGGUUAUGUGUGGUGGUCGCGCAGAUGGGACCCUCAGGCAUGAAGGACCAGAGCAGCUCUUCCCCACCCAAGCCCCCCUGAGGGAUUCUCUGCUGGAUGCAGUGGAAGGCCAAGGAGCUGCCACCUUGCCGGGAGUUGGGGUCCGAGUGGUGGUGCAGAGAGUGUACUCUCUUCCCUUCAGGUGUCAGCAGGCAGGAGACUCAGACCCCCCCGGAGUACGAGUCUGCCUUCUUGUGCAAGAUGCCCACGGACUCUUCAGUGAGGUACACACGGAGGGCGCUCCCCUGAAGGACAGAGAAUUGGAGGGGAAGUCCUGCAGGCUGGCUGGAAUGAAGGUGCUGCAGAAGGCCACCCGAGAAAGGAUGGCAGAACUUUUCAGCUUGAUCGACACCAUGUGGCCUCCAGUGGCACUUCUGAAAGCACCUGGCAACAGCCCAGCCUGUGAAGAGGAAAAAACCCAUCUGCCUCCUCCAAGCUUCUGUUAUAUCCUCACUGCACACCCAAAUCUGGCACAAAUUGAUAUCAUUGAAGAAGACCCCAUUUCUAAGCUGUACCAGCCUCCAGUUCCCCGCUUCUUAAAGGAAAUUCUCCAGACUGGUGGCCUCUGUACCCGUUGCAGUUUCUAUGCCAGAGUGAUUUACCGAAGACCACAGGUAAACAGUUUGCUUCCAGAGCCAAGGGAGAUAUGGCUGGUGGUGACCGACAUUACUCUGCAAAUGCAGGAUGAGGACUCUGGACUCCCCAGAACCAUGCCUGUAUGUGUGGCCCCCUCAUGUGUGCUGGCCCAGGAUGUCCAAGACGCGCUCUCCAAAGCCACCUCCCAGAGCUUCCUCUUCAAGGAUGCUCUCCGAGACCAAGGGCGGAUCCUUUGUGUUGGACGCACUGUCCUCUUGCUUCCAAAGCCCCAUCUGGAUAUGGCUGCUGGUGCCUGGGAGCUGCCAGGCCCUGUGAGGCUAGAUGACCUGGAUUCUGUCACUCAGGUCAACUCCACUUGCAGUGUUCAAGGCUCUGUGGUUGCUGUGGAUGAGAGCACCGCCUUCUCAUGGCCUGUAUGUGACCUGUGUGGCAGCGAGAGACUGGAACGGAGCCCAGAAGACAGUAGGCGCACCUUCUCCUGUGGGGCCUGCUCCCGCGUGGUCACCUUACCUCUCUUCAGAAGGCACCUGCAAGUCUUCCUGGACUGCCCCUCUCGACCCCAGUGCACAGUGAGGGUCAAGCUGCUGCAGGACAGCAUCUCUUCGCUCCUGAAGUUUGCGGCCUGUGAGGAUGGGAGUUAUGAAGUGAGGAGUGUCCUCGGAAAGGAGGUGGGGCCAUUAACCUGUUUUGUCCUGUCGGUGACCACCCACCCUACAAGCUGUGUGGGAUUGGAGGAGGUCGAGCUCCUGAGUGACAUGAGAGGCCCUUCAGAACACCAGCUGCAGCUGCGGGAUCUGUGAAUUUUACAAAGUGGCUUUACAGUGGUGGUGGUGGUGGUGGUGGUGGUGGUGGUGGCUGGGAGUUAUUGGUUAACUCUGGACAGAGUGAAUGUACUUUAUGAUCUCGAAAUGGAACUCUAGCUUUUCUGGGGCAAAUGUUGGAAAAAUGGUUUUGUAAACUAGAAAUCAAAAUACUUUUUUCUAUGAUUAUUUUUUAUUACCUUUCUGCAAAUUUAGAAACACGUUAAAGCUUAAAUAAGCUUGAGAUCUUCAUUUUGUGUUUAUCUUAGACAGGAAUAUAGAAGAAAAAAUUAUUUUGUUCCAUUGUAAUUUUAAAGUGUUCAAAUUUUA